UAUACAAAUAAUGUUUUAAAAAAGUCAAUUGCACAUAUAAAAUGUGUGUUUUUAUAAAGUCAGUCGUACUGAAUGUCAAAACAUCCUGAAAAUAAACGACAUUCUCAACCUAAAGGAAGCGGAAAUUUGCUGUGACACAAUUUGCAUAUCAGGGCGGCAAUAAUCAUAAAAUGCGUUAAUACUGCGCAUGUCGGAAAUAGAUCGUCGCGGCCGCGCCAUUAACUGGAAAUAAGCUUAAAACGAACAGGUACAUGUUCAUCCGUUUCCAUUCAUGUUAUUAGAAACAAUAAAAUCAAACUUUUUAAUGAUGUCGGUUGAUACUAAUGUGUUAUUAUGACAGAAUGCACGAUUUUAAGCCUAAAUGAGAUGGCCGCGUCAUAAACUGCAUUAAACAGCAAACGAACAAGUAACUGUUAACUUCACUCAUCUAUUCAAUUGCAUCAAUGUUAUUAGAAACAAUAUUAGCUAACAGUUUUAUUAUAUUGGUUGAACGUAAUGUAUUUAUGGCAGAUUGCACGCUUUUAAGCCUGAAACAGAUGACCCGCGCCAUCAACUGAAUUAAACAUCAGACGAACAGAAUGCCAGAUUAAUGCCUGAAAGAGAUCGCCACGCUAUCAACUGAAUUAAACGACAAACAGAAUGCACGAUUUUUAUGCCUGAAAGAUCACCACGCCAACAACUCAAAUCAAACCUCAAACAAACAGGAUUGUAAAAAUGACAUCCACCAUCAUCCUGCGUGUAAUUCUGGGAGAGAACAGUGCACAGAAAGUGACACUUCAGAAUGAUGUCCUUUGUUCUUUGGCAGAGUUAAUGAAUGAGAUACAGACACAGUGUAAUUUGAUGGGAGAAUUCAGACUUCAAAUCAUGGACCCUGACUUAGAAGAUUUUGUGAACCUGACUUCCACAACUGAUGUUCAGAACAAAAGCACCCUUAAGGUCAUCAAACUCUGUGACUCUUUAGCAGUAUCUCCAUCUCCCUCAUCAUGUGACACAGACAUUCUGUCUUCAAGAUCAUCCUCUGAAGUAUCACGUUCUUCAUCCCUUGACCCCCAAGAGUUGACUUUGAAUACAAGGUCUUCUUGGCCAACCUGUUUUGUUGUGCCCCGUUUCUCCUAUGAUGCAGAAAUUAAGCUGGAACAAGGCAAUUCAGAAUACCAAAAAAAUGGCGUUCUGCUGAAUCCAGACCCAAAGCUGAAAUCAGACAUUUUGAAUGGACUUGCUGAAGAAAUAGUAAAAUUCAAAGUGUACCUGUCUGAUGCUGAAUUCAGUGAAGUGGCUGAAGCUCUUAUAAAACGGCAUCCUUGCAUUAAGGAACAAGGAUCCUUAACAGGCUACAGUGGCUGGAAAAGAAGCCUUAAAUAUAAAAUGUCAAAUUACAGAACCAAGCUGCGAAAUCUUGGUUGUAGUGAAGUGACUGUAAAUGCCAUGAAGCACAAACCUAUGGGUGUAAGCAAUCCAGCUUUUGGGGUCAAGAAGCCACGCAAGGCUGAAGUUAACUUUUGUCCCUCAUUUCUUCCUGGUGAAACUCCUGACAGCAUGGAGCAAAUAAGAGUCUCCCUUCUUUCUGAGGUUAAGAAGAAGAACAACGAGCAAACUCUGAGAAGAUUAAUGGACCUAUCAUUUGCAUUGAGAAGACAAGAGGUUGUCAAAGAAUCUCCACUUAUUGUUGACUAUGAGCAGAUGGCCAGCUUUGUUCCAAGAAAAUGAGGUUUGUGCUGAAUUUGCACGGGUAACAACUGUCGCCUUAAUUUCAAAAUUCUUCUCAAAGCUGGAUGAACACACUCCAAGUCUUCUGAAGAUAUUUGCCAAGAGAGGUGGAGCUCAGGGACGAAGGAUAAGGAAACUUCUUGUGCCACUUACAAAGUGUGCCUGCAUUAAUGUUAAGAGGGAGUGUGUCCUCAAAGCCCUGUUUGUCUACCUAAAUGAGGAUCCUGACAAUCUCAUCAAGGAGUACAUGGAUGUCGAUUUUUCCAACUCUGAAUCUGCACUCGAAGAAAUGGUCAUGGGCGUUUUUGUCAUCAGAUGUGAAGGAGGUGAAGGAUGUGAAGGAUGUGAAGAUGAACCUGUGGACGUUGGAGUAGUUCUUGAAGGAGUUACAGCACUAGAAGGGCUUGGUAAUGUAACUAAUGGUGUUGCAUUGCUGAUUGGGCUAAUAUAUGCCCUAAAUCUAAGUUAUCCGAAGGAGCUUCGAUACACCUUUGAACUCCUGCAAAAAGUGUUCCUGGAGCUUGAUGGACACAAACUCUCCACCAAAGUUCAAGUGCUCAAGACCAAGCUUUUUACACCCUGA